UCGAACGGCCUUUGGCUUUUCCUUUGUCACAACUCUCUUUUAAUAAACUCUAUUCCCUAUCUCUCACUACUUUUAUCAUCUUUUCACUAUCAAAUAUCAAGAAAAUUAAAGUGCAUGCAAUGGCCGUUGAUUGUCUGAUCACAAGAAAUAAGUUUACUAUGCCACGAACAUCCAAAGAGCCAUUGAUUUUUGAUGCCUCAGUAAUGAAAAAUGAGUCGAAUAUACCAAGCCAAUUCAUAUGGCCAGACAACGAGAAACCUUGUGCUAAUGCUCGAGAACUUCAAGUGCCAUAUAUUGAUUUAGGAGGAGUACUUUCAGGUGAUCCUUUUGCAACAAAACAAGCAGCUACCCUUGUUAAUGAAGCAUGUCAAAAACAUGGGUUUUUUCUAGUUAUUAACCAUGGAAUUGACACUAAUCUCAUUUCUAAUGCACAUCGUUACAUGGAUUUGUUCUUUGAAUUGCCACUUAAUGAGAAGCAAAAAGCUCAAAGGAAGAUUGGUGAGCACUGUGGUUAUGCUAGUAGCUUUACUGGAAGAUUUUCUUCUAAGCUACCUUGGAAAGAAACACUUUCUUUUCAAUACUCUGCUGAGGAAGGAUCCUCCCACAUAGUUGAAGAUUAUUUUCAAAGGACAAUGGGUGAAAAUUUUAGCCAUCUUGGGAAGGUUUACCAAGAUUAUAGCAAAGCCAUGAGCACACUUUCUCUAGGGAUAAUGGAACUAUUGGGUUUGAGCCUUGGUGUGAGCAGGAACCACUUCAAAGAAUUCUUUCAAGAAAAUGAAUCAAUAAUGAGACUAAACUAUUAUCCACCAUGUCAAAAACCAGAGCUCACUUUAGGAACAGGACCUCAUUGUGAUCCCACAUCAUUAACAAUUCUACAUCAAGAUAGUGUUGGGGGACUUCAAGUUUUUGUGGACAACGAGUGGCGCUCCAUCACUCCAAAUUUCAAUGCUUUUGUGGUUAACAUUGGCGACACAUUUAUGGCACUAUCAAAUGGAAGAUACAAAAGUUGCUUGCACAGAGCAGUGGUAAACAACAAAAUACCUAGGAAAUCUCUUGCUUUCUUUCUUUGUCCCAAGAAGGAUAAGGUGGUGAGCCCACCAACUGAAUUGGUCGACUCCAACAAUCCAAGAAUAUAUCCAGACUUCACAUGGCCAGCCCUCCUAGAGUUUACACAGAAGCAAUACAGAGCUGACAUGAACACUCUCCAAACUUUCUCCAAUUGGCUUCAGCAAACAACUGCACAACUACUUUAAUAUAUUAAUGUUUUUUCAUAAUUGUCGCGCGUCUCUCUACUAAUUCCACCAUGUAGGCUACCCUUCUUGUACAUCUUUUGAUACAUUUAUAAGUUAAUUCCCAAGCUAGGAAUAUUAUGUUA